CACCCCCCGGUGGGGAGGUGCCAAGAAACCCCAACUCCCCUUCGCCCCUUCCUCCGAAGCCAGCCUCCCGUCGCCCCUUUUGUUCUUUGCAGGGAACGGAGCCGGCGAAACAAGGGGAAGAAACUCUAUUCCUCACUACGGCGCCGUGGAAGGCGGAUACCGAGGUCGACCGAGGGUUGAUUCGAGUCCUUUCAAGCCAAAGAUUUCUCGUGCUCUUCGAUUGUGAUUAGCUUUCUCCUUCAACAAGAUGACAGGAUGACUCACCAAAGAACAAAAGCUAGGAUCUUUCGAUAAAUGAGAAUCUGGAAUUUGAGUGAUCAUUUAACAUUUUGGGCAGCACCAUGAGUGAAGUUUUCAACAACCAAAUAUUAGUUGAGAAGCUCACCAAGCUCAACAAUUCACAGCAAAGUAUUGAAACACUAUCAAAUUGGUGUAUUUUUCACCGGAAGAAAGCCAAAGAUAUAGUUGAGACAUGGGAUCAAGCAUUCAGUAACUCUCCAAGAGAAAAAAGAGUGCCUUUUCUGUAUCUGGCAAAUGACAUCUUACAGAACAGUAGACGCAAGGGAAGCGAGUUUGUAAAUGAGUUUUGGAAAGUGCUUCCUGGCUGCUUAAAGAAUGUCUAUGAGAAUGGUGAAGAUCACGGAAAGAAAGUGGUUAAUAGACUAGUAGAAAUUUGGGAUGAAAGGAAAGUCUUUGGUUCUCGUGGGCGAGGCCUUAAGGAUGAGAUUCUUGGUAAUGCACCUAUUCUUGUUUCAGAUAAUGGGAAGAGUACAAAUCCCAUAAAAUUUGUACGGAAAGAUGCUAAUUUCGUAAGAAUAAAACUGGCUCUUGGAGAAAUGCCUGAAAAGAUAGUGACUGCAUAUCAGUCCGUGCUUGAUGAUCGUUCCAAUGAAGAUACUGCCUUAAGCAAUUGCAAAAUUUCUGUUCAAGUACUGGAGAAGAUGGAAAAGGACGUUGAUGUUUCCUGUACACAAGGUAACCAACAAGGAUCACCGAUGAUCGAUAACCUUCAGGUGCAGGAAACUAUUCUUAAACAAUGCAUUGAACAACUAGAAAUUGCUUUCGCAGGUAGAGCUACACUGGUUGCUCAGCUAAAGGAGGCUCUCAAUGAGCAGGAAUUGAAGCUGGAGCUCAUCCACAACCACUUACAAAUUGCUCAAUAUCAGACCGAAAAUACUAGCAGCAUGAGGCAACGACUUGGUUUGGCCACCACCACAAAUGAAAUUGUUGCUGGCAUGACACUACCUGUCGGAAACUUUGCAUCAAAAGCGACAUCUGCUACAGAACCCAAAAUUUCUCCAAUAUCCAUCACUCAACUGGCACCGGCCCAACCUGUAACAUCAAUUGCCAGAAGCUUAAGCAGUGUCGAAGAUGAUCACAAGAAGGCAGCAGCUGCCGUUGCAGCAAAGCUUGCUGCAUCAUCAUCCUCAGCACAGGUUCUUACCUCUAUUCUAUCCUCUUUAGCUGCAGAAGAAGCUGCUUCCAUGAGCAAUGGUCUCAGUUCCCGAGUCGUCUCCAAUAGCCCAAAUUUCCCUUUGGAGAAAAGGCCCAGGCUUGAGAACCUAAUGUCCAUGGCUGAUAUGGACAAAACUUCUUACUUCAGUCAGGUGCAGCAGCCACAACAACAACAGCAGACAGUUCCUCUUGUGCUUCCACAAACCUCAGCUGCAAGUAUGCAACAAUUCUCCCAGAGUAAUCUGGCACCACCUAAUAUUACACCACCACCUCCGCCUCUCCCACCACUGCCUCCACCACCGAUGCAGCAGUAUGCGCAUGGAAGUGGAGCAACAAUAAGUGUAACACCUUAUGGGUUCAUUGGUGGUUCACUGGCCCCUCCGCCACCUCUACCUUCCAACCCAUCUCUGGGGUUGACACGACCUGGUAUUCCACCACCACUUCCACCACCACCACCACCACCACAUCAGCAACAGCAGCCAAUCACAGUGGGGUUUUACCAGUCUCCAGGAAUUGGGUUCUAUGGGCAAGCACAGACUGCUCCCACUGUCCAGCGACAGUAAAAAACAUGUUCUGAGGGUUCUACAUGACCCAGAGUUUUUAUGUACAUUAUUAGCAGCUUCAAUUAAUGCAGAUUGAUGGAAUAGGUCAGAGUGAUCUAGGAAAAGCUAGAUUUGGAGCACUGAUCUUGGAAGAUUCAAUGAACAAAGUCAUCGGUGAUGGACACAUCAAAGUCCGGUUAGUGAAAAUGUUUGAAUCUGUUGUAAUCCCCUACAAGAAUUUUUUGUUUCCUUUUCCAAUGGAUGAUGAACCCACCUCUGUGGGUCCUGUUAACCUUUUAUUUCUCUUUUUUUUUCCCCUUACAUUUUCUUCCUUGUUAGUUUUCUUCACUGUUAUCUUCAUGAUCGGAAAAGCUGCCAGUCUACAAGUGCAAAGGUCCAGCAUCCUUGAACAAGGACCAGUAGAAUAAAGUAAUUUCUGUAUCUAUAGGAUACAUAGGAACCGAAGCUGCUGUGCUGACAUUACUGUGUUUAUGCAUAUUGGUGCCAUGUUGGUGAUUGUUUUA